AUGAGCAAUUCUCUUCAAGGGGCUGCAGCAGCUUCAGCAAACGGUGCUUAUCCAAGAGACAAUUUUCAUGGGGAGGGUUCUAAGCAGAUUUCACAAUCACAAGGAUAUCCUCCAACAGAUGAUUAUCUUCAUUUUCCUCACUCUUCUAAGCAGUCACUGCCUUCAGUUCAGGUUCUACCUCCUCAGCAAAUUCCUCUAAAGCCUUUGAACAUGAGUCAACAAAGUUCCCAGCAACAACUGCCCCCUGUUGGGGCUCUUCCUUUGCCACAAAAUCAUCCGAAAAGCAGUAACAAUCCACCAAGUUUGCAAACUUGGGGCCAAUCCCAGCAACAGCAACAGCUGCCAUCAGUUGGGGCUCUUCCUUUGCCAGAGAAUCCUCCAAAAAGCAAUAACAAUCCACCAGGUUUUCAAACUUGGGACCAACCCCAGCAACAGGAGCGUUUGAAUUGGGUUCCUUCACAAGGGCAUUCUACAAAAGAUAAUCAUGAUCUUCAGAGUCAUGGAAGUUUCAAUCACCCCAAGCACCCCCAACAACAACAGCCGUCUCCACCUGAUCAGGUUUCCCUUUUGAAACAAAGUCCUCGAAUAAUCGAUCGUCAUCCACCAACAUCUCAGUCUACAAAAGAUCAUCUUCAAAGUAACCAACCCCGGAAACAGCAGCCUCCUAUUGAGCCCGUGUUGGUUUAUCCUGAUCCGAGCUACUACCAUUAUCCGCCUCCGACACUGUCUCCAACACCGCCUCUGCCAAAAGAUCAUGAGCCCGUGUUGGUUUAUCCUGAUCCGAGCUGCUACCAUUAUCCGCUUCCUCCACCUCCUCCGCCAACGCCUCCACCUCCGCCUCCGCCUCCGCCUUCUCCUCCUCAACGCACUGUAGCAUCUUAUGAAACAGUAGUUCAUUUUUCAAUCAAAUGA